AUGGAUUUACCUCCUGUGGAAAUUUCCAAAGAUGAUUACGGCGAGACGACAACACCAUAUGAUGAUGAUCCUUUGGUCUUGGAAAUUAGGGUGGCCAACCUCAGGGUGAAAAGAGUGUUGGUAGACACGGGGAGCUCGUCUGACAUAAUCAGUUCGCAAUGCCUACAGAAAUUGAAGCAUGACCCUGGAACGAUAGAAAAAGUGUUCAGGCCCCUUGUAGGUUUUGGGGGAAGUGUUGUCCGCCCCAUUGGCUCCAUCUUGCUUCCCGUCUCCAUUGGCACCCCUCCAGUGACUAAAGAAGGUGCCGUUCGAUUUACAAUUGUAGCAAGCCUCACCUCUAUCAAUAUCAUACUUGGCCGUCUAGCACUCAAUGACCUAAAAGCAGUAAUUUUCCCCCAUUUAUUGCUAGUUAAAUUUGUGGGAAGCAAUGGUCGCAUUGGAGCUCUCUACGGAAGCCAACAACUGACCAGAGAUUGCUACCUAUCCACGUUGGAACCGGCAGCCUGGGGAGCUUUUCUGAAGAAGAGCUAA